AUGACCAAGGGCGUCAAGUGGCAGCAGGAGAACCCGGGGACACAAGGCUCCUCGGGCCCGGCCCUGCUGGCUCCCAAGCUCCUGGAGGGUCACUGGGUCUUGCUCACCUCUGGGACCCCACAUGAAUAUGGGGGAGGUCCUUGCGGCAUCAGGCAGGAGACCGCCGAGGCAGACUCAGUGACUGAGGCUGAUGUAAAUCCGAAGGCCUACCCUCUUGCAGAUGCCCACCUCACCAAGAAACUAUUGGACCUCGUUCAGCAGUCAUGUAACUACAAGCAGCUUCGAAAAGGAGCCAACGAGGCCACCAAAACCCUCAACAGAGGCAUCUCUGAGUUCAUUGUGAUGGCUGCAGACGCCGAGCCCCUGGAGAUCAUCCUGCACCUCCCACUGCUGUGUGAGGACAAGAAUGUGCCCUACGUGUUUGUGUGCUCCAAGCAGGCCCUGGGGCGAGCCCGUGGGGUCUCCAGGCCUGUCAUCGCCUGUUCUGUCACCAUCAAAGACGGCUCACAACUGAAGCAGCAGAUCCAAUCCAUCCAACAGUCCAUUGAAAGGCUCUUAGUCUAAACAGGUGGCCUCUGCCACACUCCCUGCUGCUGACUCCUACCCCAGGGGUUAUGUAUCGUUUGUCUGUUAGCAUAUAGUAUUUCCAGCUACCUUCUAUUGUUAUAAAAUAUUGUAGUGCUCAAUUUGGUUUUUGUAUU